CGGCAGCGGCGGCUUCCGGGCCCAGCGCGAAUCCGGCCCCCGCGGCGGGACCCGGGCAGGUCUGGACACGCCCCGCCCGGGCUGCAGCCCGAGAGGAUGGAAACACCUGCCCGGCCAUGUCUCUGGGCCGCCUCCUGCGCCGGGCCUCCGACCUCCUGACCCUGGCGCCGGGCGCCGGCGGCUCCCCUGCCGUCCUGGACGGCGAGAUCAUCUACUCCAAGAACAAUGUCUGUGUGCACCCACCUGAGGGGCUGCCGGGGCUGGGGGAGCACCACCCAGGUUACCUGUGCUUGUACCUGGAGAAGGACGAGAUGCUGGGCGCCACCCUCAUCCUGGCCUGGGUCCCCAACUCCCGCAUCCAGAGGCAGGACGAGGAGGCCCUGCGGUACAUCACGCCCGACAGCUCCCCAGUGCGCAAGGCGCCGCAUCCCCUGGGCCGGCGCGCCCCGGGCUCGGGGGCCCCCCACCAGGCCUCCCCCACCCCGGUGCUCAAAGACGAGGACAUCCUAGCGGAGGGCCAGGGGCCGGCCGACGCCGUACACGUCGGCUCCUCUGCCGAGGAAGAGCCGAGCGGGGCCCCGGGCCCCGGGGUGGACGGAGCCCUCCCGGCCCGGCAGCCGGCCCUCGGCGAUGCCGGCACCUCCUCGGCAGGUACUGAGCCGGGGGAGGAGGAGGGCUCCCUGGAGCUGUCGGCCGACGGCGUGAGCAGGGACAGCUCCUUCGACUCGGACUCCGACGCCUUCUCCUCGCCCUUCUGCCUCUCGCCCAUCAGCGCGGCCCUGGCCGAGAGCAGCAGCUCCGUGUUCCUGGAGAGUGGCAACAGCUCUCCCUCCAGCUCGGAUGCCAACCUGCGUUCCCCGGAGGGCAGCGGCGCACCGCAGAGCCCACACUGGGACGAGCCGCCGCGAGUGUGCGCCCUGGAGCAGACCUGCAGCGUGUUCCGCGUGGACCUGGGCCACAUGCGCUCCCUGCGCCUCUUCUUCAGUGACGAGGCCUGCACCAGCGGCCAGCUGGUGGUCGCCAGCCGGGAGAGCCAGUACAAGGUCUUCCACUUCCACCACGGCGGCCUAGACAAGCUGUCGGACACGCUGCAACGGUGGAAGUGCUCCACGGACACGCACCUCAAAGAGCAGCAGCUCGCCGACGAGAGGACGUGCCUGCAGUUCUCCAUCCGGCGGCCCAAGCUGCCCUCCUGCGAGACCCACCCCGAGGAGAGCGCCUACCGCAGGCUGGACGGCGCCGCCUGGCUCAGCCACCUCAACGCCCUAGGACAGCUGGAGGAGGAGCACAAGCUCCGCAAGGCCAUUUUCUUCGGCGGCAUCGACGUGUCCAUGCGCGGGGCGGUCUGGCCCUUCCUGCUGCGCUACUACAGCCCCGAGUCCACGGCGCAGGAGCGGGAGGCGCUGCGGGCGCACAAGCGGCAGGAGUACGCGGCCAUCCAGCGGCACAGGCUCUCCAUGACGCCGGAGGAGCACAGGGCGUUCUGGCGCAACGUGCAGUUCACGGUGGACAAAGACGUGGUCCGCACGGAUCGCAGCAGCCAGUUUUUCCGGGGCGAGGGCAACCCCAACGUGGAGAGCAUGAGGAGGAUCCUGCUGAACUACGCCGUGUACAACCCGGCCAUCGGCUACUCCCAGGGCAUGUCCGACCUGGUGGCGCCCAUCCUGGCCGAGGUCCUGGACGAGUCGGACACGUUCUGGUGUUUUGUGGGUCUGAUGCACAACACGAUCUUCGUGAGCUCCCCUCGGGACGAGGACAUGGAGAAGCAGCUGCUGUACCUGCGGGAGCUGCUGCGGCUGACGAACCCGCGCUUCUACCAGCACCUGGUGUCCCUGGGCGAGGACGGCCUGCAGCUGCUCUUCUGCCAUCGCUGGCUCCUGCUCUGCUUCAAGCGGGAGUUCCCCGAGGCGGAAGCCUUGCGGAUCUGGGAGGCCUGCUGGGCCCACUACCAGACAGACUACUUCCACCUCUUCAUCUGCGUGGCCAUCGUGGCCAUCUAUGGGGAUGACGUCAUUGAGCAGCAGCUGGCCACCGACCAGAUGCUGCUGCACUUUGGAAACCUGGCCAUGCACAUGAACGGGGAGCUGGUUCUCAGGAAGGCGAGGAGUUUGCUGUAUCAGUUCCGCCUCCUGCCCCGCAUCCCCUGCAGCCUGCACGACCUCUGUAAGCUGUGUGGGACCGGCAUGUGGGACAGUGGCUACAUGCCCGCCGUGGAGUGCACCGGCCAGCACCCGGGCUCCGAGAGCUGCCCCUACGGGGGCACCGUGGAGCCGCCCUCGCCCAAGCCCCCGAGGGAGAGCAGGAAGGGCCCGAAGGUGCCCAGGGAAGUCUUUGCUUUCCGCAGAUAGGUGGAGCUGGCCGCCCCAGACCAGGACCCAGGGACCCCCCCCCCCCAGAGGUCUGGGGCAGGUGGGGUGGGGAGGGGCCCGGGCAUGGUGGAAUCGUCCGGAAGGGAACCCCUCGUCGUAACAGCGGCAAAGUCGGCGUCCAAGAGUGACAGAGGUCAGGCCCGCCGGCACCCCGAAAAGAGCCGGGAAACGCAGCCGCCCCACCCGCUCGGGCUGCUGGCUGCCUCUGGGAGCCCAGCGCACCCCAGGAGGGGCCUCCAGCUUCCUUAGCGACCGAUGACCGCGCCCGGCCGUGGAGAAGGCGGAGGGAGAGGCCCCAGGCAUCUGCCCAUGUCGGGGCGUGUGGACAGCAGCAGGGGUCCCGUCCAGGCAAGCUAGCCAGCAGGGCCUGUUCUCUUGGGGCUAAGCGCACUUCCCGUGGUUUUCCCAGCGGCCCCUGGAGGCCCACGUCUGCCCCCACCCCCCACCCCGGGAAAACCAGCCCGACUACUGUGUAGACAGGUUAGGAGCUGCAGGGAGCCCCGGGGCUGGGGGCCUCUCGCCCGCCGGCCACACGGUGGAUGCCCCUGGCCUGCCCCUGUGUGGGGUUCCUUCCCCCGAGCUGGAGUCUUUGUGAGCCCUUGGGGGUGUUGGGGGUCGACCCUAGCAAGCACAGCAGCCAGAGGGGGGCUCAGCGGCUUAGGGUUGUGUGUGCAUGCAUGUGUGUGUUGUGUCCAUGUGUGUGUGUGUGUGUUUGUGGGCAGGCCUGUGUGUGUGUGUAUGUGUGCAUUUAUGUGGGGGGCAGACUGUCGAUGUGUGUGUUGUGUGCAUGUAUGUGUGUGUGUGGGCAUACUGUGUGCUAUGUGUACGUGUGUGCAUGUGUGUGUGUGUGUGGGCAGACCUGUGUGUUCAUGGUACAUGUGUGGGGGGGGGCAGACCUGUGUGUUCAUGGGUAUGUGCGUGCAUGUGAGUAUGUGUGUGUGGGUGUGUGGGCAGACUGUUGAUGUGUGUAUUGUGUGCAUGUAUGUGUGUGUGUGUGGGCAGACUUGUGUGUGCUAUGUGUACGUGUGUGCAUGUGUGUGUGUGUGGGCAGACCUGUGUGUUCAUGGGUAUGCGCGUGCAUGUGGGGGGGCAGACCUGUGUGUGCUAUGCAUAUGUGUGUGCAUGUGUGUGUGUGGGCAGACCUGUGUGUGCUAUGUGUACGUGUGUGCAUGUGUGUGUGUGUGGGCAGACCUGUGUGUUCAUGGGUAUGCGCGUGCAUGUGUGUGUGUGCAGGGUCCCCUGCGGAAGCCCUGCUGUGUCCCAGGGAAGAGGUCAUGUAUUAAGUGCCCAGCCAGGACAAAGGCACCUGGACGCAGACUCCUCAGCAUGGGCUCCCCUGCAGUUGCCAGGCGGCCGGACACCAGAGAGACCACAGCGAAGUAGCCAGCACUUGGGGCUCCUGGCUUUCCCUGUGGGAGCUCGGUCGCCCCGCACCCUCUCCGUCCGCGGUCCUGCUGGGAUUUCCUGUGGACACACGGGGGAGGGGGGCGAAAGAGCUGUGGUGGGAGCUCCGGUCCUGCACUGCUGGAGUCGGGGUCGCAGGCUGAGGGCCCCUUCCUGGUGGGGGCGGGGAGAUCGCCAGCGGCUGGCUCCGCGGGCUGGGGUGCUCUUGGCAGGCGUUCCAAGCUCCCAGGCCCGUCCAUCCUGGAGGGGGGCUUCCGGGAAGAGGCGUGCGUCUCUGUGCCGGCUCCUCGGUACCCAGCGCGUCCUGCCCUGACCCUCUGCCACACCAGACCCCAGACCCGGCUGUGCCCGUUAGGCGUCGCCACAGUCAUGCUGUGCCACAGGGCACCCCACGACUCCUGACCCACAACAGACGAGCUUGCCUAGCGUGUGGGGCUGCGGCCAGCUGUCCGGGCCGGGCAGUUCUGGCUCUACCUGGGCUCCCACGUCCCAGGCCCACUGGGUGUGAGCUCUCAUGGGGGCUUCAAGGGCAGAGGGCCCUGGGGUCCUCUCGCCCUCCUCAAGCGUCCUGCGCCCCCUGCGGGCGCCACACCGGCUGGCAUCGUGUCGGCCGAAGCGAGUCCCCCAGGGUGGGAAGGGGACGCUCCACGUUUGGCCCCCUGUGCACAGUCCUGUGGCAGAAGGCCGAGAACUCGGAGGGUGGAGCCCUGGCCCGGCCCCCAGGCAGCCUUGGUCCAGAUGGCACCAUUUCAGAACUCGCCUUCCCCGGAGAGCAAGAGCAGGUGCCCUGGCCACUCUGGUGGGGCCGGGUCCCCGUGUUGUGCCGUUCUGGGGGCAGGGCGAGCAGGGACGCAGGCCGUGUAGAGGGUCCCGUGGGUGAGGAUAGUCCUUCUGUAUCCCUGGCCCUCCACGCCUGAUUCAGAGCCACCUGCCCCAUCUCACACCGUGUGCCAAUCCCCUACUUCCACCUUCGCGGCUCCCACCUCACACCCCCUCCCCGGACUGGCCCAGGCCCCAGUGAGCUCUGUACCCUGAGGCCGGCUGGGGGCUCCCGAGCCCAGAGCUGGCUGAGCCGGCUGCUGCUCACCAGGGCAUGGAGAAACCACAGCCCUGGCUCAUCCACUCCCUGCAUCCGGGUGCGGUUAGAGGAAGCAGCCCAACCCCACCCCCAGCAGCUGCUGCCCAGGAGCCCUCCCGGUUCAGUCAUUAGACGCCGCCCGUGCGCCCCCAGCCACGCUGCUGAGGUGCCCCGUUCUUCCACGUGUCGCCUGACGUGGUCGACCAGCACCCCGCACAUGCGGGCUGAGAGGCUGCCGCGCCGAUCUGUGAGCUCGGUGCCGGGCAGUUCGGGGCCUCUGGGACCAGAAGGCAGCUUGAUGGACACGUGCGGGUGCCAGGGCAGAGGGGACACACAAACUGGGAGACGGGGGGCUGGGGCCAUCCGGGCUGGGCGGAGGGGACCUGUCUGCUUGCCAGGGUGCAGAGGGACACAGCAUGCUGUUCCAGAAGCUUCCAACUCGAGGUCCAGGCAGGAAGACGAGGAACCCACACGUCACGGUCCACCGGCCGGGAAGGCGCUGGCCCCCUUCUGCUCAGAGCAACGGCGUCCCAGGUCCAGAGGGCAGCUCUGUCCGUGACCUGGGCCUGGGCCGCCAUCAGCAGCCAAGAGGUGGCACGGAGCCGGCUGGAGCCCUGCAGGGGCUGGGGGGGCUGCCCUGGCCGUGGCUGCGGCUGGCAGAGGUCAGCCAGCUGUGGCCUUCGUGGUGGCUCGGAAUGGAGGCAGAAGGUGGCAGCCAGGACUGGGGUUCCCCUUCUGAACAGAAAUAAUGGGGGGCUUGGCCAGGAAUCCUCAGCGUGGUACCUGGGGAGGCCUCGUCCCACAUCAGCUCCCCUCGGGACCCCCGAGCGGGUCAGGGACGCCUUGGGGAGCCCCUUCACCCCCAGCACAGGGAAGUCUCGCCCCUCAGAGGAAGGGGAAGGGCUCCGGCCGGGGCCAGUGGCAGCCACAAAGUUGGGGACCUGGAAUCAAAAACCGGCCAGGUUCGGGCAUCCCCAGCUUGGAGGGACACCCCAGGCUCAAGCUUCGUUACCCCCAAGGUUUGUGCAGCCUGUGGGCUGCUCCUCCAUGGGGUGGGGAGCAGUGCUGUGCACAGGGAGGAGCCCUCGCCUGGGGCUUGUCUGCCUGCAGCCCACCCAGCCUCGGCUUCCUCUUCUGUGAAAUGGGACCACGAGCACCCGCCCAGGAUGGCUGUGGGGCCCCUUGCAUUGAAGCCGCCAGCACGAGGGUUCUUGGCCGUAUCCCAGACGACCUCGCCUGCCACUCAGGGAAGAGACCACUGGCCCUAGCCCUCGGCGUGGCAUCGGCGACCGGGCUGCUUCCGCACACACAGCCAGCUGCGCCCCUGCCGAGGGCCAAUCUCUCUGUGCCUCUUCUGUGGAGAUCCCUCCACGCCACCCACUCCCACCACGAGAACUCUCAGCCGUGAGAUGCACCCUCGGCCGUCCCGCGAGACGAGUGUACAGGAGGCGGGUGGGUGCCUGCUGGCCCCUGCCCCGCGGCUGUGACAGCCCCGAGGGCCGCAGCCCCUGGAGUGGAGCCUGGAGACCCGGAGGGGGCGGGCACGGAAGCAGCGUGUGUCCGUGUGUCCGUCCCGGAUAGAAAGGUAGCUUCUAGGAUCAAGGGGAGGUCAGGUCACGUGACCCCCUUGCUCCCACACUUGUGGGUGAGGGGCCGUUGUCGCUAGGGAGAGUUUCGCGGGAUUCUCGCCAGCGCUCACUGGUGUCCAUGGCUCGCCAUCUGUUCUCAGCAUUUUGUUUUAUUUUGUUUUUAACUACAGCCGCCCACUGGUCAGGCCCUGGGGCUGGUCACCACGACCCCCGCUCGCUGGCCCCCCAAAGCUUCUGGUUCUCACAGAUUCCACUGCAAAGCAAAUAAAAUCAUCUUGAC